AUGGCUACCGAUUUGGAGACUCUGCUCGAUAUGGGCUUCGACAAGGAGCGCGCUGAGAUUGCUGUCAAGAAAACAGGAGGACUCCAGGGUGCUCUUCAAUGGCUGGAGGAUAACCAGGACAAGCCUAUUGAUGAGAUCAAGGCUGCCGCUACCGCUAAGGAGGAAGAUGAUGACGAUGACACUGAGGCCAAGAUCAAGGAGAUCGAGACUGGAAAGGCUGCUUCUCUUGUCUGCAAUGAGUGCGGCAAGAAGUUCAGAAACCAUGACCUGGCUACCUAUCACGCAACCAAGACUGAGCACACCGAUUUCUCGGAGUCUACAGAGGAGAUUGCUCCCUUGACCGAAGAUGAAAAGAAGGCUAAGCUUGAAGAACUCCGCGAGCGUCUCGCGGCCAAGAGAGCUGUGCAGUCUGUCAAGGAUAAGGAGGACCACAAGCGCAAUGAGCAAAUCCGACAAAAGUCCACCAAGGAGAGCCAAGAGGCUAAGGAGGAGUUGGCCAAAAAGCAGGCCGUCAAGGAGGCUGCAGCAAAGCGACAGGAGAAGCUCGAGGAUCAAGAGGCCAAGCGCCGUAUCAAGGCCAAGAUCGAGGCCGACAAAGCUGAGCGACGACGAAAGGCAGAGGAGGCUAAGGCUGCCCGGGAGGGCCGAGCUCCUCAAGCUGAGGCUGUGGCUCCUGGCGGCGCCGCUGCUGUUGCCGCUGCAUCCAAGCCCAAGAGCAACCACAGCGAGGCCCGACUUCGUCUUCAGAUAGAUGGUGGAAACAUCACCAAGACCCUGCCCGCUGAGACAACACUGUUCGAGUUGGCGCAACAGGUUCAGAGCGAGACAGGUAACGCUGUCUCCAGCUUUACAACUACAUUCCCCCGAAAGACCUUCGAGGGUGACGUCGAUUUCUCCAAGACCCUAAAGGAGGCUGGCCUAGUUCCUUCUUCCGUUUUGAUCGUCAAAUAG